CAAAGCCUCAACUACCUGACGAGCCAGUGCAGUAUUGCUAUCCAAGGUUAAGGUGGUGAUCGGCAUUCAGCAGCUGCACCACAGUCCACAGACGCGCACGCGCACCGACUCCCCUGUCCCAGCGUUGCAGCGGCAGACUCCGGUCUCUGUCUCUGUCUCUGUCCCCUGCUUACACGGUUACACCAUGCCAGCGCUCUGCUGGUUCCAGAAGCUCAGGAGGAGGAAGAAGAAGAGCAAGCAAAGUCCAUGCAGAAACCAAGUCGCUGUGUCGGCAGUGUGCGCGGACAAUUGUCCGAGCAGCCAAUGCCCGUCGCUGCCAGCGGCGUGCGCCUUGUCCCCGAACAGGACGUCCUACUACUUCCCUAGCGCGGACCGCGAGCGCCACGACACAGGGCUCCGGUGCGUCGCCCGGCGCGACGACGCCGGCGCCGACGCGACGGCCCUGGACGUCCGCGUCGACGUGGUGCACCGCCGCGCGGGGGAACAGCGGCUCGGCGGCCUCGACGUGCCGCCGGGGACGCCGGAGCUCAAGCUGCGGCCCAUCGUCACGAGGCACGUCGUCGCCAAGAACAACGCCUCGGACAAUGGUGGCGUUAGCAGCGCCAACGCCACCACGUCGGCCGCCACAACGCCGUCAACCAGGGCGCGAGGGUUCCACGUGAAGCCGAGCAGCGGCAGGAGGCGGCGGCGUCGCAGCGACAGCAACUACGCAAAAAAGGAGGAGAAGGCGGCGGCGCCGUUGCAGCACGGGGGCACGAGGCGGCGGCGGUGGUGGCUGUACGAGAGCCUGGUGGUUGUGAAGGCGUCGUCGGACCCGGAGCGGGAGCUGGCGGAAAGCAUGUCGGAGAUGGUGGUGGCCAAUGGCAUCCGGUCGUCGGAGGACCUCGAGGAGUUGCUCGCGUGCUACCUCGCGCUCAACGCCGCCGAGCACCACCGCGCCGUCGUCGCCGCGUUCCGCCGCGUCUGGUUCCACCUCGCCAGGCAAAGACUGCACUUGAUCACUCACUAAUCCCAAUUCACAAACAAUAGUGGAUUUCUUACAAAAAGCAAUGUAAUUUCGUGCGACUCUGUGACGAGCAUGCAUGACAGCGUGCCUGGAUCUAGCCGUGUUCAUAGUUCAGCUCAUCGAUCAACUCAUCUAGAAGUUGUUCAUUUUAGCUUUUCACUUGUUCGUGUUGUGUUAGGGCUUAGAUCACGCGAAGUUGGCAGCAUUUUCU